UCCUCUAUCCAUAGUGCUUCUGGCUGGACUUCUCCGAUUCAAGGAGAAGCCGCUCCAGUGGCAAGCACUCCUCCAAGAGCUUUUGCCUGGACCGGGAAUGGAAGAAGCCAAGAACGGUGAGAAGGGCGUCGAUUGGCAGAUGAGUGCUGCAGGACAAUCUAAUGUGGCCACCAGCACAUCUAUGGAGAGGAUCUUCUGGGCGAGUUAUGAAGACCUCCCCAGUGACCUCAAAUCGUGCUUCCUCUACUUGGCCAUUCUCGCAAAAAGUGGAGUGAUGGAUGUGGAAGUGAUUGUUCGGAUGUGGAUUGGCGAGGGCUUCAUCAAGCCGCACAAGGGAAAUACUAUGGAGGAGUUGGGUCACAAGUACCUCAAGGAACUGGCCCUGAGAUGCCUUGUUGGCAUAGAAUCGAGGAAUAACGAGGAUGACAUUAGGGACGUCAAGGUCCACAAGAGCCUAAUUGCUUUCCUGCAGUUGGAGGCUCGUGAAGCUGGCUUUAUUGAGAUUCACGACGUACAUGAUGCCUUUGUGGCACCGUCGGUGCGCCGCCUCUGUUUUGAUAUCUACGGAGGCAGAUACACCACAUUCAUCAGCAAGUUCACUAAGCUACGCUCCUUCGUAUGCAUGGACAAUGGCUGAAAUCCAAGGAGAUAACCAUGGGGAUGCACUGGAGAACUCUCUCCCAAUGAUGCAUCUCCUUGUCCGCUUGCUGCUGGAAGGCGAUGUGGUUCCUGCAGGAUGCGUUUUCACUGCACCGGGCCUUCACUAUCUUGAAGAGAUAACGCUGGAUGGAAUCCUGUCGUUUCCAGAUGGACCGCUGAAUAAUGUUUACAAGCUCCGACCGAAUUUCCGUAUGUUCAACAGGGAAGGUGUUGAUAAGAUGCCCCCAGAGAUCAGAGCGCAACUGGGCCUGGGACCGAGAUAACAAGAAGCGUAAGCAACAACAAUGCAACAUGGCUACGGCGGGAUUCAUUGUCUUGUUUUUUGUAUCUCCAAGUGUCCUUUAUUUCUGGUUUUGUUGUGUUGCAAUGACUUGCUUUUUCAAACUUUGUUCAGCCCUGUUGUGUUGUCCUUGUUGUAAUCGUCAACUGCUGUCAUGUCAAAUAAAAAAACAUGGGGUAUGUAUGUUUGCAUGCUAUCGCUAUC